AUGCCGCCUGCGUCCCUUGGACGCCUGCGGGAUCAUUGCCUCAUCAUCGUGGGCGAUGGAGGUGAGGCAGAAGAAGUCCUGGCCCAGCGUCGGUGGGCCGCCGGUGGCCGCCUCGUGCAUUUCUUGGUGCCAGAUGAGCAGGUGAGGAGAGAAGAGGGGAUGGAGGAGGUGGUUUUUGCUUGGCAACCUCCCUGUGACCUGAAGCCUUCCAGCUUUGGACGGAACUUGGGGCCUUCCUUCAGGACCUACUGGACCACAUCAGGCCCUGAUUGCGUGGAGGUGGCACCGAACCAAACCUUGUACAUCUAUGGCGAAGACACGCGUUUGGUACAGCUGGUUGAGAACGGUCGAAUUCUUGCGGAGAUGUCCGGGCACGUGAUUUGGAAGCCUGAUAUGACCACCGCAACAUCAAUGGAUGUUCAGGUGGAAGAUCCCGAGCUCCGAGCCUCUGGCACCUUCUCGUGGCGCUACGUGCUGAGCUCGAUGGCCUUGCUCUUCCUGUGGCACGUCCUUCGAUGGGGGAUCUCCAUACAUUUGGAGCAAGCUGCAGCUCUUCCCGGCCACCUGGGGCCACCAUGGUGGCGGGGAGUCUUAGUGGCCUUCAACGGUGCCGUCUUUUGCGUUUGGGGGCUGUUCCAUACCUGGGCUGCCAGUCUUUCUGGUGAAGUGGGCAGCACCGGCCUUCAGAAGCUGGUGCCCAUUUGCAUGGCCAUUCCACCCAUGCUACCUAUGGGCACUUGGGUCCAACUGGCGGACUUCCCCCUCUCGCUCUUUGGUUUAAGCAUUCUCUUUCUCUUUGGCCCCACUUUGCAGUACUACCAAACACAGCAGCAGCAUCCUGCACGCCGUCUCCUGCCCUGCUUGGUGUGGACCAUCGCACAGUUGGCCGGAACAGUAGGCAUCUCUGCGAUUUUGGCCGUCAUUGUUGUCGCCUACCGAUUGCUCCUAGUGAGCCAGCCCGUCCUCGCCUCCUUCUUUUUGCCCGUUUGCACAGCUGUAGUCGAAACUGGAGGUGUGAUGUACACCAAGAUCUUGUAUGCCAAGCUGGUGGUUCAAAAGCGUCCAAUGGUACCAGGGGACAUCUCUUGGGUUGCCAUGCCCUACAUGAUGUGUUCAGCACACGCCUUUUCGGAGGCUGCACGGCUGGCAGCGGUCUUCUCGGGCGCAGUGAGCACGGGUGACUAUGGUUGGGUGGCUAGCUUGGCGGUGACACUGUCGCUGAACAUUCUGGUGCGAUCUGGCUGGAUGCGCUAUGGAUGCUAUGUGCUAGUGAGGAAGAUUGGUGGCUCCAAGCGCGCGAUGUGGAUGUUGGCUCCAACUGCUUGGAACAAGCUCCAUGAUGAGAUGAAGAUCUAUGCGGGCUACUUCCGAUUCAUUGUGGUUUUAGCACUUGUGGCCGCGCGCGCGGUACUCUUUCAGGAGAUCUCCUUGUCAUCUUCCAGGGCUGCAGCCUUCAACAUGUCCGCAGCUUUGGCCUUGAUUGCCAUGCUCCUCGUGGAGUACCUGGAAGAUCACAUCGUCCUUCGCGAGCUGCUUCCCACGAGCCCGGUGAUCUCGGAGUUCGUGGAGCACGAGGUGCAGAAGGCGUCGAGGAACUCUCAAGGAUGCUUGCUGAGUUUGGACCUGCGAGUCACCGAACCGGGGAGUGCAUGGCGCUUGGAUGAGUUGGAUGCCGAUGGCUUUCGACGAGUCCACGUGCACCGGUCCCAGUCGUGGCAAAACGCACCAGGCAUAGAACUGGGGCUGCACGUGGAAGCUGUGAGUUCCAAUGGCAAGACACCCGUGCCGUGUUCGACCCUUUUGCCCGUGCCGGGCGAGCACUUGGAGAAAGCAGAAGGUUUCCACCGCGCUUCAUCCCCUGCAUCGACCGGAAGAAACUCAGAGCUGUGCGGACCAUCCCGGUCGCCAAAGCGUGCCACGGGUGGGUCACACCAACGCGCGGAAAGUGUGGGUUCUGAGGAGGAUAAGCAACGCAUGUUUUCUGUCAUUUUGCCCUUGCAGUGUGAGCACGCGGAGAACGCAGAAGAUGAUGAAUGCUCGAUCCUCGCCGAGCCCGCAGCGUCGGCCAGAUCCAACAACUCAGAUGGGCGUGAGCAUUCCCAGUUCUUGCACACGGCCACCGUUCCGAGGGUGGCGAGACACCCAAGUUUUCUGCAAUCCUGCCAUUGCCCGGUGAGCAUUUGGAGCAAGCAGAAGAAGCGGAAGAAGGUCCUUUCAGACUCAAGUAUGGGUGCCAAAAAGGCUGUUGCAAAGCCUGAUGGGGCGAAGGAGAAAAGCAAGAAGGAGAAGGACCAGAAGGAGAGUGGUAAGAAGAAAGAGUCAGAGAGUGGAAAGGAGAAGAAAGAGAGUGGUAAGAAGGGAAAAGCCAGCGACCCAAGAUCUUUUGAGCUUUGCGCAGAUUGGAUCGAUUUCGGCGCCACGCAGAGUCCAGACGUUGCCUGCACGCGUGGCCGCGCCACGCCCAUGACCUCCCAAGCUUCUAUGGGCCAGCGCCGCAGCAGCCUGCCAAGCCGGCUACGUCGAUGGUUUGGCCAAGAACGGCAGGUCGUGCCGUGCCUUUUGUUACAUGGAUUGAGAGAGAUGCCUUGGUUCUGUCAACUCAGUGCGAUUGCCAUCACUUGCGAGGUGGCAUUGGGUUUUUUGAACACCACACUCGGUCCUGGCUAUAUCCGAGGGGUCACAGAGGCCUGUGAAGAUUUUGAUGCGUUAGUGAUUGUCUGGUGGCCCACGCCCUUACUGUGCUAA